AUGCUGAAAUAUGCCUUGUUUUUUUGCGCGACCUUCGCGUAUAUCCCCCUGGGAAUAGAAAGCAGAUUCUUCGAAAAUAUAAUCCCCCCGAAAUUGCAUGUCGGCCGGCACCCAAUAAAGAAAAAUUUAAAAAAUGGAAAAAAAAGCAUAAGUCUAGACAAGCUCGAAAAGAAUAUCAUGAAAAAUGUGGACUCCAUCAAUGUAAUGUUUGACCCCAAGAAUAAGAAAUUCGUCCCGUCCAAGUUGAAGAAGGCGCACAUAGUUGGAGGUUUCAGCCAGAACACGUCCGACCCGUCAGGUACGCAGGAGGGGCAGUCCGCCGGGCAGCAAAAUGAUUCCCAAAAAUGAAUGAACAGCGAGAUGAUUGUGUACUCAACUAAAAUUACGCGAGAGUUAGACAGCCAAGAUUAUAAAACUCUGAGCAGUUUCAAACGUGCCUCAGCUCUACUGAAGGAGAGUUUAGCCACCAUGCAUUCUCUUGAAACGAUAAAGAAUGACAAAACGGUAGACUUUAAGAAAUACAACCUGGAGUGGUACUCCAAGGCAUCCCUGAAGGAGAAGUACGAGACUGAGAAGUACAUACACAGGCUCAUGAAUAAACUUUUCGUGAAGGCGUCCAAGAAGAAAAAAAACGCUCAGAAGAAGAAAAUAGAUGAGAAUAUCGAGCAACUGGAGAACGACCUACUGAUGCAGCGGUUCGUGAGCGAAAACAUGAACGUGACCAAGCUGCUGAAGGAGCACGAAGGGAAGUCCCCAAAUUAUAUGGCCCCUAUGCACUCGGAUGUCUGCGGGCAACUGGGAAGCACAUUUCUCAGUUUCAUGUUUGAGAAGCUAUUUAAGAGCGCAAUGAGUCACGACAUCCCCUACUUUAAGCAGUACUUGCCUCGUCUGAAGCACAGGAUCCACAACAUGAUCCAUAAGGGAACACUCAUACUGCUGGAGAAGGGCCUCGACGACGCUCUGCACACCUUCAAGCUCAAGGUGGCGGAGCUCAUGCAGAAAAAGUUCGGGUUUGUCGACAUGUGCUCAAGCAAAUGCGUCGCCGAGACGGUCAACGCAAACUACGACUUGGAGGAAUACAAAAAUGAGUUCAAGCCUACGAAUACAUCUCAGAGAAGGGCUGACAUGGUAAAAAUGCUUAUGUACUACUACCGAGACAAGCUGAACAACAUCGAGACGACGGCGGACUUCGUGCUGAUUAUGCUGCUCUACCUGAAUUCAGCCACAGAGCACACGGAGAAGGGAUUCAUUGACGUCAGCUCCAUCAGUACCACGGAUAAGUUUAACCUGCUGAACACAACCAUUGACAAGCGGAAGAAGGUAAAAAAGAACAAGCGGACGAGCUUCCUCAAGAUUGCGCCCUUCAACUUCUUCCGAGAAGAACCAGAAGAAAAAUAUGGAAAUGAAUCCAUUUUUGCCAUCGAUGAUAUCAUAAAAACUUGUUUGCUGGCGAAGAAGUCUCAGAAUUUUAGCUCUCUGUACGAGACGACAAAGGAGGUGUGGAACAGCAUUCAGAGUAUCUACUCCGCGUCCUAUGGGUUCGUUGCUUCUAAGAAGCUAAAAACAAAAAGCUUCGUCACAUCAAGGAUCAGAAACGUGGGCUUUGUCUUUAACUGGUUUAAUUAUAACAUGAAUCCCACUCCACAUGUGAACUUCCUCGUGCAUAAUUUUUCUCCCCUCAUUUCUGUGAGCCUGCAGUUGAGUAAGUGAAUGAUCGAGCAGUACGAGUCCAGCUUCCUGAGCAAUUUCUCCUCAACCUUGAAAAAGAUAUUCACCAUGGGAGCCAGCUCAGCACACCCCAAGAAUUACGCAGACCUGGUGAGCUUCUCCGAAACGGAUUAUUUGUUGCGACAUUCAAAAGCAGACAAAGCUCAAAGAAUCAUCACACAGACAGUAAAGAUGCUCAAAAAGAAGUUCCUCUCCCUCCCAUACACUCCUACUCUCCUGGCCCAAUAUAUCUCUCUGUUUCUAUCCCUAUGGGUCUUCGAAAAUGAGAAAAAUAUAUCCCUGGAGAAUCCGAAUGUGACUAGAUUUAAGAAGUUGUUCUUCCUGUCCUACUUCGUUCACAACUCGGGCCCCGCCGAAAAGGCAGUCGAAAUUAUCUACAACAGAUGUAAAGGCAAGACGGACAAAAUCGUGCUGGGGUGCAUACAUGACUAUGGAGGAGCGAAGCAAAAGAAGGUCCUUGGUAUUAUAAAUAAAAAGUGCAAGCCAAAGAGAAUCCCUAUCCGAAAGAUGAGUAUUAGGAAGGUCAUAAAAACUCUUAUGUCGUCUUUGACUGACCCAUUAGAUAUACUAAAAGUUGCUGUGGACACAGCGACUCGAUGUGAUCACUUCAGUCGUAGUGCAUCCAUGGAUAACAACAAGAAGAACAAAAAUAAAAUUAAUUAUGAUUUAUUUGUGAAGUCAGAGUUGUCCUUCCGUUACAUCUGCGCCGACGUUACGAAAAAGGUGGUGAAAAAAAUAAUCAGGGAUGUCUCUCGACUGAAGAACAUGAGCGAAGCCCAGGAAAUAAUCGACCAGUCGCUCAACAGCGUGCAGUACUUGAAGAUAAGAAACUACAAGGAUAAGGAGAGCAGCACGAGCAUCUUUUGUCCCUUCAUGGAAGCAAACGACAAGCACAUCCGUGACUUGGAGCGGAAACAAAUUUCGAUCUUCGUGCAUAAAAACGUGGGCAUACUGAACAUGCUCAAGGGGAAGAUUACCAACGUUUUUAAAAAGUCGAUCAGCAUCCGGGAAGGCAUCAAAACGGACAGCCCCAUUUCGAUCAAAGUUGGAACGCGAAAGUUCAACGGGUUCCUCUUUACGGGAGGAUACCAACUAAACAUGGACAGCUUUGAGCAAGAAAACACGCUACAUAUUGGGCUGUCCAAAUCGAGAAAGGUCUACGAUGGGAGACAGUUCGUCGACGAGUUAGAGAUCCUGAAGUCAGAUGGUGUCAAGCGGAUAGAAAUGAAAGGAAUCGACGAGGACAACGAGAGUAACUACGCGAACUUGAGUGGCAGCGCCGGCAAUGCUUUUAGCCGAAUUUACGUCCUGAAGGAUAACACCAAAGUUCCCGAAUUUGAAUACGCCAUCCUUUACCCUAGCGCGGACAUUAUCAUUUUUGACGGAAACAACUACGUCUCUUCUUCUGCCCUCCGGGACAUGGGCCUGGAAUAUGAAAGAAUCGUUUGGGCCGGACACACCGUGGGCUGGGUGGCAGAGUUCGCCCUGGGAACCAUAUCAGAAAAUCCACUCCCCAUUUUCGAUGGCCACGCGUGGGUGCUACUGGACAAGUUGAGCGUUAAGAGCAUUUUAGGCGAGUUCCUACCGAGGGACGUGCGGGGCAGCCUGCUCGCGAGCACCGUCAACUUCAUCAUCCUGAACAAGGAAGGACGCCAGAUCCUAAAAAACACCACACCGGUCGUGAGCCUCAAGCACGCCACCUUCACCCUGAGCGGCAUAUUAAACUUCGUCAUCCGGGCCGAAAAGGGAAAAGGGAACGAAAUUAUCGUGUACACAAGGAUACCAUAA